AUGCGAAAGGUGGAUUUCAACAUGGCGGAAUCCACAUCAAAUGAACACUGCCUUCCCUCAGGCCACGACGAGGACUUUGUAGAAGAAGUUGAAGAAGAUUUCCAAUGUCUCAUAUGUCUUUUACCGCUAAAGGAACCAGUUCUUACGAGAUGUGGCCACAGAUAUUGCAAAGAAUGUCUUGACGAGCACAUUGGAAGGUACAAGUUUAUGAUGAGCAGCUUGCAGUAUUGUUGUUCGUUUGCUCACUUAAUCUAAUCACCCUAAAGAAUUCAUGACAGGUCAUCAGUGUGUUUCAACUGAAUUCAAUAACUACCAGAGUCGAAGUCCAUCCAAUUAAUCUAAUUAGAGAAUGGUGGUCGGUUGUAUGAUCUUAAAGGGCAUGUAAACCCAAAAAACAUUCAUUUUCUUUUCACAUAGAUGUUUAGUAAAUAUAUCAAGUACACCAAAGGUACUAUUCGUUUUUUCUCAAAAGUCGAUUUUCACUUUGUAAAAGCUCUUCCAAAUUCGAAAAAUUCGCCAUCUUGAGUGGCGCCAUCUUUCCUGUGACGUCACGGGUGGACCCUCCAAAGUCUCGUUUUAUAAUCGCGUGAGGCACGAAGGAGUCUUUUCUACAGCCGUUGUUUGCCGGUCUCGUCAUGAUUUUUUCACUUACAGUUUGCUUCAAUAUAUUCAAUUUUUUCGUAAUGGUAAAGCGUUGUGUCGUCCAGUUUUGUACUGAUUCAAACCAAACUGGGCAUACAAUGCAAAUAUUUUCAAAUGACGCAAAUUUGAAGCGACAAUUUGUGAAAUUUGUUCAAGUGAAAAUAGCCGAUAUCGUCGAGCCGUUCGAACAUUCUGUUGUUUGUAGCAGUCAUUUUUCUUCCAGGUGCUGUACCGACGAUUUGGGCCUUACUAGAAGCAAAUUAUUCGGAAGUAUAAAAACGACCCAUACAGUCGGUAGACGACGAGGAUUCGGAAGUGGCCGACCGAACUGAGAAAGAAGUUGAGCUCUUCAAAAGUUAGAGGUCAGCGGAGACAGUACAAAAUCGAUUUACAUGAAAGCGUUUCGUUAAUUAAACAACGAUAGCUUUAUUGGUUCUCUAAAAACAUCUUUUUUCUCAUCUAAUGAACGAUUAUGGGGAAGCCAGUUGUUCGGGAGCCAGCGCUGAGCCCCUAAAAGACACUGACCCUUCUGAUCCUUUGCCUGAAUUCGAAACACGUAUCAAAGAAAGAGAAUUCGUUGAUGUCAGUGUGUAAUAACGUGAUCUGGAAUUUUGUUGGUUCGAUGCAAAGAAUUCUAUACAGGAUCCCAUAAUCAACCCUUAUGUUCUAUAAGAAAAUCCAUGCCAGCCCCACUUGGUGCUUCCUUUGAGAAACCCUGCAGAGAAACAGCAGAAGAAUUUGUGUAACGAUUUUCACAGCAGUGAAAAUACAUUCAAAGGUCAGUAGGACAAUAUUCAUCAUUUUGAGUACAACUUAAAAGAUCCUGAUUUCAGCUUGCAAAACUAUCUUUUCAGUAUUUCAAAUCGAAGCAAACACAAACAGGGUUGGAUAAUUAUGAGGGCCGCACAAGGAAAUAUAUAUGGUACAUCUUGUUUAUCGAUGGAAAUUCUUCGGAGAUGAAGGAAAGCAAUACAUAAAUAUCUCAUAAAGAACGGGCACAACCUCCAGUGCUGUAAGACAUAAAUAACUAAGAUCUGCAUUAACAUAUACCUUUGUUUCUCUCAAAGGUUUGGCGGUUUUAAUCCAGUGUAAGGGGAUCCAAAAUCCGCAGGAAAAAAGUUUCGGAUAUUGUUUACCGCACAAGAUGGCACAGCGACCCUGAAGUGUUUGCCGAGAUAUUCCCAACACUAACGAACAAGCUAUCUAUAGGCAAUUUAGCGAAAUUUCCUGCCAGGAAAGAAGCGAAAAACAACUAGCUCUAGUACUGUAUUAUUAAAUCAAUGGCAGAAACAACCCAAGCAAAUCGAUCUUAAAAUGUAACAAAACAGAUGAAACAGAAAACAUUUAGCUUACUCGUUUCUGGUGUGAUUUCUGUGCCUUGCUGCUGCCUGUACGCGUAAUUGGCCGUCUCCAGCACCCAGAAAUCAAGGCAAAUUGACUGAAAACCUGGAUGCUCAGUAAUACAACUUAUCUGGGUUUCAGGCCCUUGCUACUCUACUUUUUGCCACAAAUGCCCGAUUUUUCCACUUUCAUGAGUUGUCGGCAUUGGUUGACAAGUUCCACACUCGCACCUUUGAUAAUUUUAUAUAAAACACUCUCAGAAGCUCAAGUUUAAAAAAUUUAUGUUGCAUUCUUUUAGAUUGCACCCUCGCUUUAUUGGAUAUUUGUGUCAAAUACAAAUAAAUCACACAGUAAAUUAAAUACCAGUCUGAGUUUCCGAGACGGUCGCAUCGCUGUCGACAUGUUCUGUACUAUCUUCGUGCGAAUCGCUUCGGUGAACCCUACGCGGCUCAUAUUGUUAAGGACGUGGCCAAGACUCCCCUGAAGAUUCUGGAUUAUCCCCAUCGCUUUCAUGUACUAAGCUUAAGGCAUUCGAGUCGCUAUCUUCUGAAAAAACAUCUUCCAAACUACCGCUACUUACACGAACUCCCACACCAGUUCUACUGGGGAAUAUGUGUUGCGCAAUAUUUUAGUUCCACCGCUUACGUCACGACUUCUCGCUAUUGUUUUUACCGGAAAUGGAAUUUCAGUUGAAAAUGCCGAUUUUCUCCUAAAAUAAGUCGAAUUGGACAAAACGAAUUUAAAAUUCGUUUUCUACGCCACUUUUUACAUAGUAUAAGAAAAACAUGUAUUUUUGGGUUUGCAUGCUCUUUAAACAUCGAUUUCACGGAUCAGUAACCACUACACUAAUUAACUUGGUGAGGCAAUUUUUCAAUUUCUAGCGUUGCCUUCGAUUAGUUUCAAUUAAAAUACGCGCCUAUCUUCCUCUAAAACGUAGCACGAUAAAUUCUCUCAAUUAUCAAAGGUAAUGAACGGAUUUCAUAUUCACUUGUCCAAAGAGCAAGAUGUCUUAGAAUCGAAAGCGAAAAUCGGUAGUUCAAUUGUCUACUGCAAGCGUGAUUGCUGUUCAAAGUUCAAAUCUUUUCUCCACAUUUAUUACUUUGUGCUUAUAAGUGCUUUGAUACUACAAGACCUAUCGCGCCAUUCAAAGUUUUAGUUCGCCUCAUUCGUCAUCCGCAGCUUAAUUGUUCCGUCACUAAAUUACAUGAAUAUAUAAACUUAUCUUAGGUACCUUGUAGAUUGUGUCAAUGCAAUGAAAUAAACUCGCUUGAAAAAAUCCUAACAAGGGCUUAUCCACCUCAAUAGUCUUUCUUCAAUAUUGUAGUUUCCGUAUGCUAUUGUGGAAAUUGAUUUAGCAACUGUUGUUGUCAAUGUUGAGUGACGUUGACUGUAUUGAAUUAUAUAAAAGUGUUGGUUGAGACGGGGUAUGAUGAUAAAUGCAGUACAUGUUUUCUUGCUUUCUGGGUUGCUUCCUUACUUACUUACCUACCAUUCUCGAUAAUUUAAUUUUCUUACAGACAGCAAAUUAAAGGAAAGUCUGUAACUUGCCCGGCGGACAUGGAGAAUCUGGACCCAGAACGGGUUAGUAAACUUUUGAACUAGGGAAAAUUUAAAAAUGAUUUGCUUGGCUGAGUUCAAGUGAAGACCGACGCAAUUAUUUAGCGCUAUUUUUAUUAAGUCUUUACCAAGACUUGUUAGAUUCUUCCUCAAACACAUGUUUUACUUUUCAAUUAAAUAUUUUAAACAAUGUUUUUUUUUUUAGUCCAUUGUUUUUCGUUCUCGAAAUAUACUUCAAUUAUUUGUAUUUUCUUAAAAAAUUGCUAUUCUUUAAUCAAAUACUCCCCAAUUAAGGCUCUUAUAAAGAGAAAGCACUUAUGCUCAAGUCAAUUACCACCUUAGGACGACGUAGGAAUGAUACUACUGUGAUUUUUUCUUAGGACAUUUUCCCUGAUAAGGCAACAGAAAGGAAGAUUUUCUCUUUAGUGAUCAAAUGUCCAAAUGGUGGCUGUGAAUGGACUGGGGAGCUGAGGAUCAAGAAGGUAAAACUAAGGCAUAUUUCGAUAAGUGUUAAUAAACAACUUUAUCAGCAUGAGUCAUUGUUUUCGUCUGUUGAAAUAACAAAGCCACAGACAUUGCUCAAGUUCCUACAUGUAGAAGCCAAGACAUAGAGAUGAUGGGCUUGAUCAUUUUUAACUUCUCAGGGAGAGUUAGGAACCAACGCCCAAACUGAAGUUGUUUUGGUUUUAUUUGUUGAACAGAUCCACUUGGAAUCUUGCCUUUUUCAGCAAGUAGCGUGUGCCAACAAGAACUGUCACGAAAAAGUUCAAAGAAGACAUCUUACGCAGCACGAAAAUAAUGUGUGUCCAUGGAGAAUCCUUCAAUGUACAUACUGCACGGAGCCCCACCCAGACUGCAUGAUGCAAGUAAGGAUUUUAAUAGUGGAGGGAUCCAAGAAAAAUAAUACACCUCUUACCAGGAAAUCUUUUUAUGUUUCUGUGGAAAAAAUUGACCCUUAAAAUCGAAUAGGAAUUAGAGUAAAUAGAUAAAAAAAUAUACUUUCGAUCUUUAAAAAAAGGUCUAAAUGGGGUUAUUGCUUUUAAGGCUAUUGGUUAUAAGUUUGCCCACUUUACGGCUAAUUGUUAAUGUCCUUCCAUUGCGUUCACCAGAAAAAAUGAACAGUUAAUUUUUUACUACUAACGGUUUGUAAUUUGUCGAUAUUUUUGGCCGUUGUACGGCUGACAGUUGACCCCAUUGAGAUUCUCUUUUAGAACCUGAUUCCUGACGGAAAUUGAUUGAAAAAAAGGAAACACAGCGAAAUCGAAUUCCCACAUUCCUGUGUUUCUUUAAUUUUUUUGUUUGUUUUUUUUUUUGUUUUUCUUUUGGUAGGUGCAUAUUAGACAGUGCAGCAAGUUCCCAGUAACUUGUCCAAACAUCUGUGGUCGUUCAAUUCCAAGGGAUAUGGUGAGACUUUCAGCUUUAUCUGUGAUCUUUCGCGACUAAAUGCAGUUUUAAUACAUGAUAUUUAUCCUUCAAACAUCAAUUUACAUCCUUUCACUUUAAGACAAGAAAAUGUAAAGUAUACAAAAUUAUGAAUCGUAAAAACUUUUCCGACGGAAAUAAAGGCGGAUGCCUCAAAGCUAACAAAUUUCUGACAAAUGGCUCUUACUGAUGCUUGAUCUGAUCAAAAUUUUCUUUAAUUAGUUUCAUAAUCACAGGCACACGAUGUUAACGAGAGACAAAUGCCAAACAGUCCCCUUUUUGCUUUAUUUAAAGCCUCUCAUGUUAGUUUCCCGUUACAUCUCAUUCUCUCUGAAAAAUAGCAAACCACAAUCACUUGACUUCAUACGAAGGAUUCCAUACAGUGCUAGAGUUCCAUUCAUUAGAUUCGAUUUCCGCUCGUAGAAGCCCGAUAAGCGAAAAGUGGCAUCUGCAGUUGUCAGAGUAGCCUGCAGUGCAGGCGUCUAGUUAGUGCGAGCUAACGUUAUAGGCUUGCGAUCGUUUAUCCCACCACAGGCGGCCCAAGCUCCAGCUGUGAAAUGAUCAUCUUACGUAAUAACGGUCGUGGCGGAAUUAUAAGAGUUUGUAUGGGAAUAUUUACGACCGCUCUAAGGAAUAAAAAAAAUACGUCAAAUUCUCAAAAAAAAAUUCCUCACCUUACUUCCACAGCGUAUUGCUUGUUAUCUGACCGCUUACUUUGAUGAAAAGAGCCCAUUUGAGCGAGUUGUUCAUUUCGAGGUUUUCAACGUACAUAAGUAAAGCCCAAGGCUGAACACUCCAUUUCCGAACGCCUGAGCCGAGAAGCGAAAAAUCCAAGCUCAAAAUGACCGGGCGGCCACAAAUCCAACGUAGAAUCCAAGCAAAUAUACUGUAGUUUCAUUUCAAUUUACUACAAACUCAAUCUUCCCCGUGCAACCGACGCUAAGCGGCAAUUUGCUUCAAAAAUUUCCAGUUUAGAGGUUUCUAACAGCCCGCGACCACAUCAACCUUGACACACGACCGUUGAAAACCAGCUUGGUGACCCUAACUCCUUUUCAAACUGAGCCUCGCCGGGGACCACACCGUCAGUUAUUAUCAAUAAAUUGUUUUAGAACCACGGGUCCCCUCAGGUCGAAAUCGAUCGAGAAGUAAGGUGAGGUAUUUUUUUUUGAGAAUUUGACGUAUUUUUUUAUUCCUUAGAGCGGUCGUAAAUAUUCCCAUACAAACUCUUAUAAUUCCGCCAUGACCGUUAUUGCGUAAGAUGAUCAUCUCACAGCUGGAGCUUGGGCCGCCUGUGAUCCCACCGGCCAUGUUUGAUUUGGAGUUAAAAUGGACGGUGCGGAUGGGGGGCGGGGGAAGGGCGAGAACACGCUUGCCCGAAGAGGUUGUUGAAAAGCAAAUACCCCCUGAUUAGUUGCGCGUCACUGCAUUUCCGAAAAUGAGUAGGUCACCAAUCAAAAUGUGUUCAAUUAAAAGCCGGAAGCACUGUCUUCCAACACAAACAAACAAACGUAAAGCCGCUUAGUGAAAUGGUGAGGCAGUUUUUUUUUUAAGCCAGAAGAGAAAUGGCUUGGACAAAACCUCCUCCGCGGUCACAAAUAUGAGCUGAUAUUUUCUGCACUCUAUAUUUUUCAAACGAGAAUCCUUGAGUAUAGCUGCCAUCAAUCUAUUUGAUAAAUUUUCUUUUUCUUCCAUUUGGUCGUAAACGAUACUUUGAAGCAACAAACAACUGCACUUGAAGGUUUACCCUCUGUUAGUUGAUGCAAACCGGCAUACUCUGAUAAAACAGUGUGGCUGUUUUUUCAUCAAUGAAAAAAAUGACUUCACCAAAACAAUCUCUGCUGACGCAAAUACGAGUUAAUUUUUGCCGCACUCUAUAUCCUCUAAAUGACAAUCCGUGAGCGUGGUUACCGUUACUCCGAUCGAAGAUGCUUAUUCCAUUUGAUCAUAAACAGUAGGUCAAAGCGGAAAAACGACAACUGCGCUGGAAGGUUUUCCGUCAUAAUUUAUUUCAUAAGAAACAACACCUAAAAUACUAAAUUCCGGAAGACACUUAAUUGCUUCCUCGCGAGCGGAAUCGAAACUAAUAACUUUACGAUCAUAGUUCGUCAUCUUUCUCUUUUCCCAUAAGAGAGAAAUGUCAGAAUGGCGCUCAAAUGUAACAUUUGGCUUGUGAUUGACAGCUAGAGCUUAACCACAUCAAACAGGAACUCCAUUCGUGGGCGAACGGAGUUUUGCAAAAUAACAAUGACUUUGGGCAGGCGUUAUCUUCACUCCCCCACCCCCACUCCUCUCCUUAUUUUAGACUGUCGACCGCCCCCUUGGUACAAAUUUCUUUCUCUCCCUAGCCUUCCGCAGCCAUUGAAAUCAAAGAUGGCGGCCAUAAUUUUCGUUAAGGAAAUUUUGAGCACCCACUCACCAAAAUUACGCCCGCUCUGCAGGCUAAUAUCAGAGAAAAGGCCGUAGAACUAAACGUCACGACCAUGUUUAUUCCUAUUACCCCUUAAGUGAUCUUUUCCACUAGCAGAUUUUGGUACGUGCCAUUCCUUUUUAUUCAAGUCCUUUAUUUCAUGUGAUGCAGGUUUCGACUCACACCAAAGAUGAUUGUCCGCUGACCAUAAUUUUCUGUCCAUAUGCAGGAAUGGGUUGUGAUACAAAGGUGAGAAAUUCGUUUAACAGGCCCAGAGAAACGUAUCAUUUACCUUAUGACCUUAUAUUCCAUCGUGGUUUGAUUCGUAUUUCAAAUUGUCGAGAAGACUUCUGGAGGCUAGUUUUUUUGUUAUACAAAAUGUUCCUAGCAGUUACGAAAUGAAGCUGGUAAGGUAAAUAGACCAAUAUCUGCCGCUAAUAGACAAUCUCUUUACAGUAUUAACUUAAUCUUACCCGUCUAUGGAAGCAGCCAUGUAAUAAAUGACCUGUCUACUUGAACGUUCGAGGAAAUGUAAAAUGACCACGUGAUACCGUUAUCGAAAAGAACUUUGAAAUAAAUUAGCUGUUUAAGUUAAGGGCUUAGAUCAUGGUCUGUAGUAUUUCUGGCAAAUGAAGUAUAAAUUUUCAUGUAGGUCCAACGUCAAGAAAUGGAUUAUCAUCUUCAAUCAGCAACAAGAAUCCAUCUUGAUUUAGUUUGCAUCAAAUUAAAGAAAACAGAGAAUGAGCUGAAUAACACAAAAGAUAAGUUGAAGAAGACAGAAGAUAAAUCAAAUAACACAGAAGCUUUGUUAAAUGAGACAAGAGUUGAGUUGGAAAAUGCAAUGGAACUGUUAAAGUUGUCGAGCAUAAAACAUAACAACGUGUUUCCUUGGCGGAUUGACAGUUUUAGCGAGUUUUUGAAAGAAGCCAAAAACGGACGAAAAGAGAGAAUACAAAGUGAUCCAUUCUACACCAAAACUGAGACAGAAAGUUAUGGCUUCAAGUUAAGAGUUUGUAUUUACCCUAAUGGACUUGGAGAUUACAAAAAAACUCACCUCUCGGUGAUCGUGGUUGUAAUGAAAGGUGAAUAUGACGCAAUUUUACGCUGGCCCCUCAUUAAGACAGUGAAGUUCACAUUGAUUGAUCAACAGGGUGAUCCAGACCAACGGGAAAACGUGACCCGUGUGUUCUCCACGGAAAAUAUUCCAAGCUUUGCAAGGCCUGAGACAGAAGAAAACAUGGGAUGGGGUAUUCAUAAUUUUAUAUCCCAUUUGAAACUUCAUUCACGGCGCUACAUUGUGAAUGACACACUGUUUCUUCAGGUUGAGAUUAGUCCACCAUCUAAUACGACCUCCAAUCUUGAAGGUUAA